AUGUUUUUUCGCAUUCUGCUCAUAUCUAUCUAUCUAUCUAUCUAUCUUGGUAGAUUUCAUUUACCUAUGGAAUAUCUAUCUAUCUAUCUAUCUAUCUAUCUAUCUAUCUAUCUAUCUCUGUCUUUUCAUACCUAUCUAUCUAACUAUCAUUCUGUUAGCAUCUAUCACAUAUAUAUAUAUAUCUUUCUAUCUAUUUCGGUUCAUAUCUAUCUAUCUAUCUAUCUAUCUAUCUAUCUAUCUAUCUGGGUAUCUAUCUAUCUGGGUAUCUAUCUAUCUAUCUAUCUAUCUAUCUAUCUAUCUAUCUAUCUAUCUAUCUAUCUAUCUAUCUAUCUAUCAGUCUGUUCAUUUGUUAAUUAUCUAUCUAUCUAUCUAUCUAUCUAUCUAUCUAUCUAUUAUUUCACUGAGAUAAUUCUCCCUCAAAGCCCUUCUCUUUGUCUCCUCGUUUUCCCAAUAUUUUUUUUUACCCCCACCUCUUCUUAA